AAGGAGAGAGCGAAGCUGGCUUGACACUUUUGCAAACUUUUGUAAAGCCAGCCAGCCUUAUUUAUAAGCACUAGCCACAGGAAAAGAUAGAAAGAAAAAGAGGCAAAAAUUCAUCAUACUCAUCAAACAAAAGCACAGAGAGAGAGAGAGAACAGAGAAACAAAGCUAAUAAAGAGAGGAAUUCAAGGAAGGAGAAGGGUUUCUGUGAAGCUUGAGCCUCGAGGGCUGAUGCAGACAAUGGAGCAACCACAGCAACAGAACCAGUUAAUGGUGCAAAACUCAGGCAGUCUUAGCUUUAGCAGCCAAAUGUCUAAAGAAGAUGAAGAGAUGUCAAGGUCUGCACUUUCUACCUUUAGAGCUAAAGAAGAAGAGAUUGAGAGGAAGAAGCUCGAGGUUAGAGAGAAGGUACAAGCUCAGUUGGGUCGUGUUGAGGAAGAGACCAAACGUUUGGCCAUGAUUCGUGAGGAACUUGAAGCACUAGCAGAUCCCAUGAGGAAAGAGGUUGCUGUAGUUAGAAAGAAGAUUGAUACAGUGAACAAAGAAUUGAAACCGCUAGGGCAUACUGUCCAGAAGAAGGAAAAAGAAUACAAGGAAGCCCUGGAGGCUUUCAAUGAUAAGAACAAGGAAAAAGUACAGCUCAUAACCAAAUUGAUGGAGCUGGUGAGCGAAAGCGAGAGGUUGAGGCUGAAGAAACUGGAGGAGCUGAGCAAGAACGUAGAUUCGAUACACUGAUGAUGAUUAUAUAUAGAGCCUAAUGCUGUUAACUUAUUAGGUUUGUGUGAUGUAUUUAAGGUAAGUUCUCUAUAUUUAUAUAAGGGUGUUUUUGGGUUUGAUGUAUUCUAUGGUUGUUUGUUUUUAUUAGAAUUUGAUGGAGUUUUUCAACUGAUUUAGGAUAUAGGGAAAAUUUCCCUAUAAACACAGGUUUGUAACUAAAUGUAUCUUGACUCUGCAUUUUGUUCUCACUUUUUUCUCUUGUGAUCAA